AUGCGCAUGUCGAAAGAAGCGGCUACGAAGACGUUGUUCAUUGCGUUAAACAUCCAGCAAACAGCAACCGCCUCCAAUAUGCUUACGCGCUGCCUCGUGUUCUUCGCCUUCGUGGUUGCGAAUGACAUUGUACUCGAAGUCGCUGCUUUUGACCUGAGCAGCGUCGAUCGUCUGAACUUGACUUCAUCAGGAGACGUGUCGGUGCCUGAUGCGGUUAGAACCAAGCCCUUGCACGACGAUGACGACGAGGAAGAGAGGGGCAUUGAUAUUUCCUUACUGCUGAAGCACGCAGUAGAUUGGAUUUCGGGGCCUUUCAAACAACACCUUCCUGCCGAUAAAUUGCCCGGCUUGAUGAAGAGCGCGGGACCUGAAGAUUUUAAGAUUUGGGCCCGCAACUAUAAACUCCUCCACGGAAGAGGAUUCCAAAAGGAUGACGCGAAGGCUUUGGAACAACUCAUGCAAGUGAAAAAGCACGAGGACUUGGUCAAGUUGUUCUUCUGGCUUGGAACCCAGAAACAGGGAGGCCUGUAUCGCGCUGAACGCUUUCAAAAGAUGCUUUUCGAGAAGACCAAAGGAUCGAUGUCUGCGUUAAUCGCAAAGGGGUGGCUGAAAGACAAGAUGCAUCCCGACGACGUAUACAAGACUGUAUGGCAAUGGGAUGGUGGACGAGAAUUGUGGCUUCGAUACACCGACUUGUACAGGAAGUUGGAGGGUGCCGAACCUAUCUCCGUGGAAACAAUACUGAGACUUUUGAAGGAAAGGUAUUUGCACGACAAGGCGGUGUAUAAUGGAUACUACUUUCAACAAGUCAUGAAGGAUCAUAAGGAUCUGGAGCAGCUCGCGGGGGAGAUGCAACAACUCCAUUUCAAGCAUUUGAUUGAAAAGGACAGAAUGCGUCCCUAUAAAUUCGCGUAUAACUUCGAGACCUACAAAUCUGUACCGGCUCAUUACAAAUCUAUCACUAGUGCCGAAUUCCUCGCUUUCAAAGCCUUCACCUUACAAUAUGCCUCUACAAAGGGUGAGAAGAUGCGACGGGCGGCGGAAAAGUUGUUUACCAAGAUCGACGCCAAGAACAACAUCAAAAAGCACCUCAAGAGCGACGCGGCUGAACUAGAUCAAUUCAUCAAGAACCUGGAAAGAAGUGACUUCGUCUUAACUGUAAAAUAA